CUAUGCUGCAGUAUGAGCCUCAACCUGACAAGUGCUCGGUCUACUUCAGCACUAACGCUGCUUCAGCUCGAAGGCUGAAGGCCCAGAAAGAGGAGCUGGCCUUUCUGCAGGCCAUCCAGCAUGGAAACAAGGCGGUGAUGGAGAACUUGGUGCAGUUUGUGGGGGCAGAGCUGGGAGAUCAGAGCUACGAGGAUGUGAUUAAGGAAAAUAUAAUUGGCAUCCAGGAGGACCAGAAGAGUUGCCACGAGGUGGUGGAGAAAGCUGAAGAAGAUCUAGAGAAGCAGCUGGAGGGGGAGGUGUCAGGUGCCCUUGCCGGGAUGCAGAAAAUCAGAGAAGAGUCCAUGGCCUUUGAAGACAUGCUCCACGCUGCUACAGACAUCGCCAACAGGCUGGAGAUCUCAUCGCAGGCCCUGCAUGCUUCAUUCACCAAGCAGCUGAAAGACAUUGCCAAAAUCCGUCACUAAGGAGGUGUUGAAAAGAUUUUGCAGACUGCUCAUGUCAUCUGUCUCAUGAAUGAUGUUUAGUAUCCUGUGUGAGAAAAUGAGAGAAAUAAACCUUCUUGUAGCUCUAUAUUUACAAGUAAUAUGACUGUGUGCUUUACAGCAGUGGGAUGCAGCAAUGUGUCAAGGUCAGCCAUGACAUCAACUUUCGGCACCUACACAGUUAGAAAAAAAGGCACCAACAUUGACAGAGCAAAAAAAAAGACCUGCUGGGUAAAAAAACAUGUUUCCUUCUCUGAAAAUAUAACGCAAUAACCCAUAAAAUAUGAUAUUCCGUCGGAAUUUGGUGAGGUCAGAUGUGGCAACAGUAUGUGGCACAGGUUUAAGCCAAGUUGAGUGUUUAUGGAUCAUACUCGAUUGGCCCACUGAGAGCAAACAUAAUGGCUCUGUUAGUCUUCUCCAGAGGAAGCUAUGCAAUGGCCAUCUGGUUCCAGGGUGAGGAUGGAGACCGGGAGAGGAUGGCUAGUGUGUACCAAUGGAAGUUUUGUUUUUGCAACAAAAAACACUGCAACUGGAACAAUAUUGUAAUCAGGCACUGUUUUUUUAUUUAUUGUUUAAAGGAAACUAUGCAGUAACCUGUAGAAGAGGAACAAGAUAAACAAUUAAACGAUUCCUAUGAUUAGGAAGAAAUGAUUGGGGAAGGGUUAAGGUUAGGGUAUAAGAAAUAAGAAUAAGAAAUCUUGAUAAAGCACUUGAAACAGAGAAAGUUUGAAUCUGCACAUCGUUUAAAGGAUUGCAAACAGAUUUUACUGAAAACUGUUUGUUUGAGUGUGGAUUUAUCUGUUUAAACGUGAGAAUCUGGCUUUAGUCCUGUGUCCAGCUCCAUUGUGCUACUCUCUUUUUUUAUCCCUGCCAGGACUCAUGAGCAUGGUUUGAGUUAUGUGGGAGCCAGUGGGAGCUGAGCUCCUGUAAUGAGGGGUCUGAGCUCCCAUGAAAGCAGUAAAACUGCUAUUAUGUCAUCAAAAAGUCACAUUUUAAAAACUAUGUAUUUCUCAAUGUUAUGAUUUAAACUGUUGAUACAAAAAGACUGAAACAUGUUUUGAAAAAGAAACAAUGCCUUGAUACCCCACCUGAUUCUGCUGAAUGUGACACAGUUGGGACGGUUAAGACUAGGAGCAGGAUGUUGUAGGGGCAUUACACAUUAUUUAUUUAGUUAUACUCACCUCUGACAUUAGUUAUCUUAGAGACACCCACAAAGUGUCUACUCAUGAGAGAGAAUGCUUUCAUGACUGCAAUGUGUAAUAAUAUAAAUGUGUAUAGUGUAUAAUAUCAAGUGUUUUAUCAUGUAAAAAGCAGCUAACAACAAAUUAACCUUUUGAAAUUUAUAUAUGGAAAGCCACAUAUUUUCUAUUUGUUGGAUGCUUUCAUAUCCACCACUCAUGUGAACUAAAACUUCACUAAGCAUAUUAAUUCACCUAGUCUGCCCUCUAGCUGUUUCCCAUAGAAAUACCCCUGCAUGUGUGUCUUUAUUUACACAUCCUGUUUCAUGCUUUAUACAAUAAAUAAAAAAGUCAGAAUCUUAGGAGUAAUUGGUCAUUCACUUCC